AUGACGAGAGAAGAGAACAUGGCGAGCGGUGAGCUCGAGCCGGAAAAUGAAGAUUUGGUCAUUUCUGGCGAAGAUAUCGAGGCUGAUGUGUCGAAUACAGAUGAGGCGCCCAUGGAGGACGACGAUGUGCCUGAUGACGGCGGUGACCAAGACGAAGAGUUCCGCGACGACUCGAUCGCCGCGUUUUAUUCGCACCGAAAAUCUAUAUUCUGCGUCACGCUGCAUCCCAGCUUUCCACAUCCAUCACUGGCCGUUUCAGGUGGUGAGGAUGAUGGCGCGUGGAUCUGGAAUACGAUCGACGGUGCUGAAGUGGCGCAGCUCGGCGGGCAUACCGACAGUGUCGUCGCCGUGGCGUUUAGUGCGGACGGCGAAAUGGUCGCAACGGGUGGUCUCGAUGGCCGCGUUCGUGUAUGGCGCCGACAUGGAACGGGUGACGACUGGAGCAACUGGGAGUUUUUGACGAGCCUCGAAGGUCCCUCUGAAGUCACAUGCCUUUUGUGGCACCCAAAAGGCAGCGUCCUGGUCGCGGGCUCGUCUGACUCAACCCUUUGGAUGUGGCAGCUGCCUUCUGGCAACCUUAUGAACGUAUUUAGUGGGCACACUGAAGCCAUCUCUUGCGCGCGCUUCACGCCCGAUGGCCGCAAGUUGAUCAGCGGCAGCGAAGACGGAUCUCUGAUUGUCUGGGACCCACGCAACGCAACGGUCCAAGCCAAACUUGGGGCGGAGGACAACAGGUUUACACUGGAAGGUGGAGUCACGUCGCUGUGCAUUAGUCCCGACGGGCGUCUUGUCUUGGUGGGCGGCGCAGCCGGCCUGCUUCGUGUCGUGAACGUUGCCAAUGUCGACGCUGGUUCUCCGGCGAGUAUCGUCGGCACACUUGUCGGCCAUGCCGAAGGCGAGAGCAUCGAAUCGGUUGAAUUCAUUGAUUUGCUUCCCGCCGUCACGCCUGGCUCGUUUGUGGGACCCACAUCCCAAACGUCGACGCACGCCGUUUCUGCCGGCACGGACGGCAAAGUAAUUGUUUGGGACCUGGGUGUCAGCAAAGCCCGCAGCGAGGCGAUGCAUGACUCUGCAGUGACAAAAAUCAUCGUACAUCCUUACACACCGCUAUUUACGACAAGUUCUGUGGACCAUCGCAUCCGCACAUUCGAUGCACGGACAAUGGCACUGCUUGGCACUCAGCACGGUUUUACCGACGGCGUUUUGGACGUCGCCGUGGGUAUAGACGAUGGCAUUACGCAAGGCCACGAUACUGGUGGCCUCGGUGCCUAUGUGGAUCCCUCCCAAUUCAAAGGCUACAAAAUGGUUGGUGCAGGCGACGAAGGCGUUGCGCUCGUCUUCCGCCUCACGUAG